AUGACAGAUCAAAAACUCGCCAACCCCGAGAGCAAUCAUGACUCUAUCGACGAUCCGACUACUGUCGCUUCAGCGUCCUCCUCGGACGACAAAUUGAGGUCGCAAUCAACUUUGAACAAGCAUCUACUUGUACCUUCGAGUAGCCUCCAGAGACGGGUCUCAGCAGAAAGCAUUUUUUCUGGAUCAGACAUCUCAGAGUUGUCUUUCAGCUCAACAGAGGUUGGUAGUGUUCAUGCCGAUGGUCUGAUAAGAACAUUGAGUAAUGUCUCCGCAAACUUGAACAGUAUACCUGCUCCUUCGAUGUGGCGUGAGAGACUGCAGGAUUUUUGGGUCGCUAACUACGGCGCAUUUCUUGUUCUGCUCAGCCAGAUGUUUGGCUCCUUGAUGAACAUUGCAACACGACUUCUGGAGACACCAGGAUCGCACGGCGAGCCUAUGCAUCCGUUUCAAAUCCUGUUCGCACGACAAUCUAUCACUGUAGUGAUCACUACUUGCUAUGCGCUAUGGACGAAAUCUGUACCGCACUUUCCUUUGGGACCUCCUGGUCGUGUGAGGUUGUUACUUGUCAGCAGAGGUCUUUUUGGCUUUCUAGGAGUCUUUGGAUUCUAUUAUAGUCUGCUGUACUUGCCAAUCAGUGAAGCUAUAAUCUUGACGUUCUUAGCACCGAUUGGUUCCUGCUAUGCCUUCUCCUUACUAAUUCCUGGGGAAACAUUUCGUAGACAACAACAGAUUGCAGGCUUCAUAAGUUUGACUGGAGUUGUCUUCAUCGCCAGACCAAUAUCGCUGAUUAAUGGCAGUCACAAAGGUGAGAGUUUACCAGAGCCCGUCGCUGGCAACGCCACUAUGCCAUCAAUGGAGUCUCACGCGUCUGCUCAUCCGACGUCCGCAGAGCAUCUAACAGCCGUUGCUGUAGCCAUGAUCGGCGUCGUCGGCGCGAUAGGCGCGAUGACAUCGAUUCGAGCUAUUGGUCAGCGAGCUCAUGCCCUGCUAUCGGUCAACUACUUCUCAGCUUGGUGCACCUUCGUCAGCCUGGUAGCUCUCGUGGUGCUGCCAAGCGUAAAGUUUCGUUUGCCUGGUAACCUCACGGAAUGGGGUCUCCUUCUCAUGCUCGGUUUGGCUGGAUUUAUUAUGCAGUUGCUACUGACUAAGGGCAUGGCUUAUGGAGGAGCGCCAGCUGUUGAGAAGGAAACCCCUGUAAGUACGCAGGUCGACCUUGAGAUGCAGACGCGGACGACAGAGCCUCAGAUGAGCGCUCCAUUAGCUGCUUCUGUUACACCACAAGCUAUUCCUGCACACGAUCAGAAGACGCCGCAGAUCAAGGGAUCUGGAGCCAAAGCUACGUCAAUGCUUUACACCCAGAUGCUGUUUGCACUCAUUUCCGACAAGGUUAUUUUCGGCAUUACCCCUGGGAUAUGGUCAUGGUUCGGAAGUGGGUUGAUUCUGUUUGGCGCCAUCUGGGUUGCGACCGAUGGUGGACAGAAAUCAGCGAAGACAAGUCCAGUUCGGGUCCGAACGCAACGCGGAAGGAAGGGUUCGCUAAAGGACACAAGCAGCCACCAUGAGCAAGUGGGCUUACUUGCUGAUACCGAAGAAAAUGAAGUGUUGCAACAAGGAACCGUCGAUGAAACAGCGUCUCCGGAUUCUGCCUCGAGCUCUGGUUCACGCAUAACAUGA